UAGGUGCAAUUUGCAACUUGUACCGGUAUUUAAACUUGCACAAUUGUAAAGUAAAAAACUCAUUCUCUCUACAAAAUUUAGCGCUUUCCUUCUUUAAGGUUCUAACAGUCUCCUCAGCUCCAAAGAUGUUCAGAUUCCUGGUGAUUGCAUUGCUCGUUGGAGUGGCUGUUUGCCAACACGAACUUAGCGCCUUGAAGAAAGGAGAUGCUGAAUCGCAAAACAUUGCCAAUGCUGUGAAAGCCGAUGUGGAGAAAAAGAACGGAGCCGGUUCAUUGAGCCUAAACAAAGUCAUCGAGUAUAAGACCAGACUGGUCGAUACGAUGUCAAGCAGUGGCGGCCUUACCGGGGCCCUUGUCUAUUAUCUAAAGAUUGAAGCUUCAAAGGGAAAAUACAUUAUGGUUCACGCGAUGAAUAAUGAAGAUGGGAUCAAGUUCAGCAGCGUUAAACCGACAACGAAAACGGCUCAGAUUGAAGGCCAUUAAUCAAAAGGCUAUUUUAUUUCUAAAAACUUGUGCUUACAAUGUUAGCAUGCGACUAAAACUCUACUGGCAGAUGUCAUCGGGCAAAAACUACACGCGAUUCUGCUUAGUGCUAGCUUCUUUGUUCUGUCGACCUGUCCUUACAUACAUUAAGCAAUCAAAACUAACGUCAUAACGUCAUUAAAAAAUUU